AAUUCUCCUUGCUGGAACUGACACCCCAGAACUAAGCUUUUUGUUCGUUGUGUUCAGUGGGAGGAGAGAAGAGGAGGAGGAGGAAGAGGAAGGACAGAGGAAGCAAGCUGGCAGGGAGCAUUACUGCAACGACGGAGCAGUCUGAGAAGAACAGACUCGUGGUUUCAUGUUAGAAGAGGAGGAAAUCAGCCAUCUUUUCUCACCCCGAAGCAGAAUCAAGUCACUCUUCGCAGCAGGAUGUCUACUCCAUGCUGUGUCUCGCAGCUGGCCUGUUGCUGCGGCUCUGCGGCCUGCUCGUGCUGCUGUAACUGCUGCCCGAAGAUCAAACAGUCCACUGGGACCAGAUUUAUGUACGCCUUCUACUUCUUGCUGGUCACUGUCAUCUGUGUCAUCAUGAUGUCCCCCACCGUGGAGCAGGUCAUUAAAGAUAAUGUCCCCUUCUACAGCGAACUGUGUAAGCAGAUGAAUGCAGGGGACAACUGCAAGACUCUGGUGGGAUACUCUGCUGUCUACAAGAUGUGCUUUGGAAUGGCCUGCUUCUUCUUUUUCUUCUUCAUCCUCACCAUUCGGAUAAACAACAGCACAGGCUGCAGGGCGGCCAUUCAUAAUGGAUUCUGGCUGCUGAAGUUUGUCCUGCUGGUUGGUUGUUGCACUGGAGCCUUCUUCAUCCCACGGGAGGAAACCUUUCUGGAAGUUUGGCGCUACAUUGGAGCUUUCGGUGGAUUUAUUUUCCUGCUGAUCCAGCUCAAGCUGCUGGUGGAGUUUGCACACAGAUGGAACAUAAACUGGAGUUCAGGAGUGGAGUAUAACCGUAUGUGGUACGCAGCGUUGACCUUGGUCAUCCUGAUUCUGUUCAGCAUCGCAGUGGGAGCUGUGAUCUUUAUGGGCGUGUACUACACUCACCCUGAGGCCUGUUUACUUAACAAGAUCUUCCUGGGCAUCAAUAGCAGCCUUUGCUUUAUUGUCUCCAUGCUCGCCAUCUCCCCCUACAUACAGAAAUUGCAACCGAAAUCCGGGCUUUUGCAGCCUGGGGUCAUCAGCGUUUACGUCAUGUACCUCACCUUCUCAGCUUUCUCCAGCAAACCAAAAGAAAUGAUCACAGUAGAUGGUGUAAACCAAACAGUCUGCGUGUUUCCCUUCGACUCGGGGUCAGAAAGCGACAAGAAGAUCGUCACCUCUUUGGGAGCCGUGAUCCUGUUUGCCUGCAUCAUUUACUCCUGUUUAACAUCGACCACUAAGCGCAGCUCUGCUGCACUCAGAGUCUAUAGGAACAGUGAGCCAGAAACUGAGAGAGCUCGCUGCUGUUUCUGCUUCGGAGACGACACAGAGGAUUUUGACGAGGAGAAAACCACCUCGGGACAGAGCGUGGUGUACGAUGAGCAAGAAGGAACCAUCUAUGGCUACUCCUACUUCCACUUUGUCUUCUUCCUGGGCUCUCUUUACGUUAUGAUGACUGUCACCAACUGGUUUCAUUAUGACGACCAUAAGAUCGAGAAGCUGCUGGAUGGGAGCUGGUCGGUGUUCUGGAUUAAGAUGGCAUCCUGCUGGGUCUGCCUCUUCAUCUACAUGAUGACCCUCAUUGCUCCCAUGAUGUGUCCGAAGCGCUUCGAAGCUUAGGUCAUCCAUCGUUACCCCUGUGGCAGCCUGUGUUCCUCCAAUGGAUGUGGCUAAGGGACCACCAGAAACUUCCUCCCUCUUACCUUCAAAUGCAACCCUACACUACCCUCAGCAUUCAAAGUGAAGGUUUAUGUGUUGCCUUUUUGAUUUAUUUGUUACAGUCUUUGUUUUACAAUGUUAAUCUGGUAAUACCUUGAUGGUCAUUUUUUAUUCUUUUAAUACCACUGACUAGUCUUUGUAUUCCUUACAGGUCUGAAGUUACAAAAACAUUUUUGGAGUUAAGUUACAUUGAAAAACCUUGAACCUUUCUAGAUUUCCCGAUUAUAAUGAAAGUGCAUGUAUUUGUUCUGUUUUUGGAUUUUCAUGUAUUGUCCUUUUUUUUCAGCCAGAUGCUUCAGUUCUGUGAAACCGAACUGUCAAGUUGUAGCAAAGUUUUAUGUUUUGGGACAAAUAUAGCUGGAGAGACGUUACAGGAGAUGUAAUAUUUAUUAAAUCAUGAACAAAAAGGAGAACUGUGGUGUAAAUUGAACAGGUUUGGCCUCUAAUGUUUAAAAAACUAAUUUCUCAGGCUUGUUUCAGCUCUGCGUGUUGGUGGUUUGUUAUAUAUUGUCUUUUGUAGUUUUCUAUGUAACAGAACAAGUUGUUAUUAGACACCCACAGUUUCCACUUAGGUCACAAGGGUAAAGUUUUACUAUCGCCAGUGCUCCCUUUGAGCCAAAUCUUUCUUAAGGAAAAUCCAUCUCACCUGUAUGUUUUCAGUCAUCUUCAUGCAUGGCGGGAGGCUUUAAAUCAAACUAUAAAGUGCCACCUCUCUGGAAGAGCUCCACUGAAUCCACAUUGCAUUUGCCAAAGGUAGCCGACAGAACGGCUCACAUUGUUCGGUCCGUUACAAAAAAGGAUAAAACUCUGAACGUUAUGUAUUUGCUGACUUGUUAUUCACAGUUUUCUUUACAGUCAAAGGUGUUUUAUGCCUCAUCAAGAUGGUGUUUAGAAAAAGCCAGCAGAGCUGAUGUCAGAAGUGGUUUAUUCAACACUGGAUGUUGAAUUUGCAGCUGAAUUAAAGUGAGUUAAAGACAUCAAACUGCAAAGCUGGUUGCUUGUGCUGGACAGUUUAUUCAAUCACUUGAUUUCUCUAAUCGCUCUCUGAACAUCUUGCAGAAGCAUAACUGCAUUGUACAUAUUGGCUGAAAUGUUAAUUUUAAAUUAUGAUUCGUAUACUUGCAGACUUUUCCUUCUGAUAGUCAUUUGUUUCUGAAGUAUUUUCUGCAUUUUUAAAGAUUAAUGUGAAUGUAGAAAUUUAAUGGUGCUUUCGAAGAGGAAAACACAAUAAAGACAAUAAAAGCCUCUGUAAAGGAAAGCAUUUGACCGACAGUAAUUUGACCAAAAUGUUUGAAAUACAAAGAUUUAGGUGACAUGAAGUUGACAUUGUUUCAAUAAAACAUGCAUAAAACACCAA